AUAGAGUUUUAGUUUUAUUCUUAGUUCUGUAAGGCUCAGUUAUUUAAAAAAAAUGUUUUAAAUCACCCAAACUAAACGGCAUGAAAAGUUUAAUUUAGAAAAUUCGGCAUGCUUCGUGAGCAAACGCUAGGCAGCUAACCGGGUCGAGUGGUAACGUGAUUCAUUACAACCUCGUAGAAAAGGUAAUCGUCAGGUGUGUAGGGUUAUUAAACAGGAAGAGAUGGCCUCGUCAGAAUGGAAUCUGUCUUUGAAGCUGGUUGAUCAGCCCAAAUCUACCUUCCACUUCCCGGAGAUGAUGCCAGGUGAUGUUCCACCUGGAGGAUACAGGGUCGCCACCCUGAAACAGCUUGUUGCAGCUCAGUUCCCAGACUCCAUCCCAGACCCUGAACUAAUAGAGUUGGUCCACUGUGGACGCAAACUUAAAGAUGACCUUACACUGGAUGCCUGUGGGAUUCAACCAGGAUCCACCUUACACAUCCUCAAAAAGACGUGGCCAGAGCCAGAGAGUAGUCCAGAGCCAGUAAACAGGGUAACUGCAGCAAGGGAGUUCAGGGUGUUUCAUGCUGCUCUUCAUUCUCUCAGCUCGGCCUACAGGGACUCGGUCUAUAAAAUGCUGACAAACAAAGAGUCUCUGGAUCAGAUUAUUGUAGCCACACCUGGACUCAGGUCAGACCCAGUUGCUCUAGGAGUUCUCCAGGAUAAAGAUCUCUUUGUACAGUUUACAGACCCCAACAUGUUGGAUGGGUUAAUCAGUUCACAUCCGGCCCUUGUCAAUGCCAUCAUCCUGGUCCUGCAUUCUGUGGCAGGCAGUAUGCCCGCUCAGUCCAGUGCCAGCUCUUCUCGCAAUGUAUCAGCCAGUUCAUACAGCGAUAUGCCGGGAGGCUUCAUGUUUGAGGGCAUGUCAGAUGAUGAGGAUGAAUUCCAGUCUAGUAGCCCAGCAGGCCCCUCUAACAGAGGCGGAGUCUCUGCAGGAAUGCGUCCAGUGUCCCUGAGCCAUAGUGGAGCAACAGGACCGAGACCUAUUACACAGAGUGAGCUGGCAACUGCACUGGCCCUUGCUAGCACUCCUGAUAGCAGCGCUGUCACUCCGACAACGGCAAGCCAAUCGGACCCCUCCAGUGGCAUAGCCCCCAUGCCAGCAGGGACACCAGUCAGUAACGAUCUUUUCAGCCAAGCACUACAGCAAGCUCUGCAAGCCACCAACAUGUCUGCUCUGCAGGGCCGCUGGCAGUCCCAGAUGCAGCAGCUCAGAGAUAUGGGGAUUCAGGAUGAGGAGCUGAUGCUGAGGGCGCUACAGGCCACAGAUGGUGACAUCCAGGCUGCCCUCGAGCUCAUAUUUGCCGGAGGCCAAGGACUCUGAGCCCGUACCCCACGGACAGCCUUUUAUAGAUAAGAGAGCUUAAAAAAGCUGGUCACCCUGCUGCCCAGAAACAAUAGAGCAAAUUAUGAGUGACAGUGUAAGGAUUUCUUAACGUUUCCCAAUAAAGAACAGAAGCAAUUCAGCUCAUCUCCACAGGCCAUUUUGUUUCUUAUUGAUGAGACAAAUCUUCUAAUAAACUUGUUCAUAAUUACCAUUCAAGCAUUGUCCAUGCCAGAUUUAUAGUUUGUUUGCAGUAUUAAAACCUUAAAGAAUACAACUCAAAGUUCAUUUAAAAAGGUAUUGGCUAUAUUUUCUUUACUACCAUAUAUACCAUCAUUAAUAGAAUUAAUUGACUCGUCAGGUUUAAAUGUUGAUUUAAUUUUGUAAUGACUAAAAUUAACAAUUUUUUAUUUGGUUUCUUUUCUGCCUAAUGACUUGAAGGUAUGCACAGGCAUAUGGCCCAUUGUAGAUUUUUAACAUUUCCCACACCUCUAUAAAAGAUCAGUUUUCAAGUUGUUGUUUCAUAUAAAUGUGUUAAAUAAAAUCUUCUUUUAUUUCAGCUCCA